GGCAGUGAAGUGGUGAGAAGCUGACCAUGGGUGACUGGAACCUGCUGGGCAGCAUCCUAGAAGAGGUCCACAUUCAUUCCACCAUCGUGGGCAAGAUCUGGCUUACCAUACUCUUCAUCUUCCGCAUGCUGAUCCUGGGAGCGGCCGCUGAAGACGUGUGGGAUGACGAGCAGUCUGAGUUUGUUUGCAACACAGACCAACCAGGCUGCAAGGCAGUUUGCUACGACCGUGCCUUCCCCAUCUCCCUCAUUCGCUUCUGGGUCUUGCAGGUCAUUUUUGUGUCCGCGCCCUCACUGGUCUACAUGGGCCACGCCCUCUACUGCAUCCGAUCGCUGGAGAAGGAGCGCCACCGCAGACGGGCCCAGUUGAAGGAGGAGCUGGACGAGGCGGAGUUGGCGUUGGAUGAACAUAAGCGCAUGGAGAAGGAGCUGAGGAAGCUGGACGAGCAGAGGAGGGUGAAGAAGGCGCCUCUCAGAGGCUCUCUGUUGAGAACCUAUAUCAUCCAUAUCCUGACACGCUCCCUGGUGGAGGUCUGCUUCAUCCUGGGCCAGUAUACACUCUAUGGUAUCCAACUGGAGCCACUCUAUAAGUGUGAGAGGCUGCCUUGCCCCAACAGUGUAGACUGUUACAUCUCCAGGCCAACAGAGAAGACCAUUUUCAUGGUCUUCAUGAUCGCCAUCGCUGGUGUGUCACUUUUCCUCAACAUCCUGGAAAUAUCUCACCUGGGCAUCAGGAAAAUCAAACAGACGCUGUACGGAGAGAGGUACACAGAAGACGACAGUGUGAUUUACAAGAACAGGAAGAAGGCGUCCUUACCACAUCUCUGUGUAAUGAGCAAUUUAUCACCUCACAACGGGCCUUUGACUCAGACCUUCAAAGUGAUUCCAGAGGCGGACAUGAAGCCUCCACAUUACAACACUGGGCUCAAAGCCAACCAGGACGCCUCAAGACACAACAGCUUGGCUCAUCUGGUACACAGUCAUACCAGCUAUAUCUGCCCCCAACCUAGGAUGCCACCCAGGUCUGACCAGAACUGUGCAAUGCAAACUGCCCAAACCCACGAAGAUGGCCACGCAGCCACGGUGGCCCACCAUCCACCCUGGGCCUCAGCUGUGUCCAACGCAGAGGAAAGUGCAGCCAGCCAUCUUGAGGACACCCACAAAGGAGAACACCCUCACCCCAGCCAUUUGGACGCCCUGCUGCCCAGUAGCACCUUCAGGCCAAGUGCUAUCCCAGACCUCGAUGAGGACGAGCGAAGGGAGUCAGUGGGGAGCGAGGCCCUGGUCCCUAACCCCAGAAAGACCAGUUUCAUGAUCAGGCCACCCUCUGAGAGCUUGUCCUCCUUUAGCCGCUCCACGAGCCCUUCCUUCCAUACCUCAGAGGAGUCGGACGAGUUAGGAUCCCUGCAGGGAGACAUGCCCAUGAUGCCGCCUGCCGGAGGCCGAAGGAUGUCAAUGGCAAGUAAAGAGAAGAGAUUGUUUUGUGUCUGA